AUCGAAUCGAACCGUACCGCUCUCGACUCGAUUCCACUACUGAGAGCUCCAAUCUUCGCCAUCUUCAGCGAAUCGUAUUCAGCUCUCGAUUCAAAGUCAAAGAGAUCUCCAGCGGGCAGCCCUAAAGCACUCGUGUUGAGAGAACAAACGACCAAGAUGGCCAAUGCAAUCGCACGCAAGGCCAUGGCCCAGUCCGUCACCAGCUCUUCCUUGGCUGCAUCGGGGUGGAACCAGGUCUUUGGGAACGGCGCAGCUCAGGGCCCGACGCCCAAGCAAUCGUUUCGACAAGACUUGAACGUGAGGUUGGUGUGCAAGAACUGCAAGAUCGAUCCUCCCAAUAUCGUCGAAGAGACCGCUAACGGGGAUCUGGUAUGUGCGGAUUGUGGUUUGGUGCUCGGAGAUAGGGUUGUCGAUACGAGGAGUGAAUGGAGAACCUUUGCCAAUGACGAAGGUCCCGAUCAAUCGCGUGUCGGAGCGGGACCCUCGCACAGCCAAGCGCUCGAAGGUAUCGAAGACUUCAGCACCGAGAUCAACUUUCGUGAUGGCCAGACGGGAAUCGCGAGGAUGUUGCAAAAGACUCAACGGGCCGUCAUCGGUUCCGGAGCUGCCGGUCGUCGGGACAGCGGGUUCGACAAGAUCGAAGAAUACUGCGCCAAGAUGCAGCUCACCUCGAGGGUCAUUAUCGAUACGGCUAAGCAGAUCUUUUUGCGCGUGGAAGAGGUGCGAAUGUUGGAGGGAAACAAGCACAAGUUUGCUCGUGGAGCUCGAGGUGCCGAUGCCGUGGCGGGAACGUGCAUCUACCUGGCUUGCAAGGAGAACCGACUGUCCCGUACCAUGAAGGAAGUCUGUGACGUCUGCCAGAUCAGGAAGAAGGAUCUCGGAUACAGCGUCAAGGCCAUCUCGGAACAAUGGCGUGCCGAUCUCAUUUCGGGCAAACACCACACCGUUAUCCAAAAGACCGCCUUGCCCUCCCAAGCCGCGGCGGACCUCUUGCCCCGUUUCUGUUCUCGACUCGGUCUCGGUCCGAAGGACGACGGAAACGCCAAGGAGAUUAUCGAACGGGCUUUUGCGGGGACGAGUGGGAUUGUCGAUGGGAGGUCGCCCAUCUCGGUGGCGGCGGGUGCAAUCUGGUUCAUCAUCACCUUGUUCGGCUUGCCACCCUCGUUGAAACAGGUCAGCGAGGUGGCUCAGGUUAGUGAGGGGACUACCAAGUUGGUGGCCAAGAUUUUCAUGCGAAACUUGGGCGAAAUCGUCCCUGAUCACUGGUACCAAGAAGGAGCCGAUGCCAGCCGAAUCACGGUACCAGUGGUAAACAACAACACACCCAAGCCUGUGGCUGCGUGAGGUACGGGAUAGCGCGUGUCUACAGCCAGCCAGCGAGCGCUUGUAGCAGUGUAACCAUAUCACGGGUUGGAGUUUACGUCGUGCAGCACGAUAUCAAGAGACAGAACGACAGAUAUCCACGUAGAGAAGGCUAUUUAUUAAGCUUGACCAUUGAAG